GAUCACAAAGCUCAAGCCAUUACCAUUCAAUCAUUAAUUUCAUUUCAUUUCACUUUCCCAUCUCAUGGCCAUCUCAAACACUCAUGCUCUUGUCUUGGCUUCACCAGGAAUGGGUCACAUAACCCCUGCCCUAGCCCUAGCCAAGCACCUAGUCACUCACCAAAUCACUCCCAAACUCACCUUCAUUUAUGGCACAAUCAAAACAUCCACUCCCUCCAAAGCUGAGACCCAACUUCUUCAACUAGCCAUGAAGGAGAACCUCUUUGACCUAAUCUCACUCCCCCCACUUGACCUCACAACCCUAGUUGGCCCUCAUGCCUCUGUAGAAACCAAAAUAGCAACCAUAAUGCAUGAAAUCCCACCACUCUUUGUGUCCACAAUCUCCACCAUGAACCUCAACCCAACCAUCAUCAUCAUGGACUUCUACUUAAGCCAAGUCAUACCUCUAGCUAAAAACCUAAAAGCACCCAAAUUUUCUUUUGCCACAACUAAUGCAUGGCUCCUAGCACUUGCUCUUCACACCCCCACUUUGGAUAAAGAAAUACAAGGGGAAUAUGUCAAUGAUGAAAACAUACCAAUCUCAAUCCCGGGUUGCAAACCCAUAUACCCCCAUGAUUUGUACGACAUGUUGAAAGACAGGACACAUAGGUUGUACCAUGAAUUUGUUGGUGCAUGUGAGGGGGCAUCACUGGCUGAUGGGGUUUUUGUGAACACUUUUGGUGAGCUAGAACCUAGGACACUCGAAGCACUUGGUGGGAGUGGACACAUCACGAAGGUGCCCGUGUACCCAAUUGGGCCAAUUGUGAGGGACAGAGACCCAAAUGUUGAUGAGAGAAGGAGAAGUGAUGUUGUUGAGUGGCUAGAUACACAAGAAGAAGAUUCAGUGGUGCUUGUGUCACUUGGGAGUGGAUAUGCAAUGACAUUUGAGCAAAUCAAAGAGAUGGCAUUGGGGUUGGAGCUAAGUGGAAAAAAAUUUGUUUGGGCUGUUCGUCCUCCUAUUACCAAAGCCGGCAAUGAGCACUAUUUCACAGCAGGUGAGAAAAGUGAAACCGGAACCACCGUAGCAUCAAAUCCUUUUCCUGAAGAGUUCUACCGCGUACAAAGCAAUGGAUUAGUGAUCACAGAUUGGGCACCACAAAUGGAUAUAUUGAAGCAUCCCUCAAUUGGUGCAUUUGUGUCUCACUGUGGAUGGAACUCAGUGAUAGAGAGUGUUUCAUGUGGGGUUCCCAUAAUUGGAUGGCCUCUCUAUGCAGAGCAAAUGAUGAAUGCCACAAUGCUAGCAGAAGAAGUUGGCAAUUCAAUUCGAGUGAAGGUGUCACCAUCUACCAACAUGGUUGGAAAGGAAGAGCUAGCAAAAGUAAUAAGGAAGAUAAUGGAUAUGGAUGAUAAAGAAGGGUGUGUGAUUAGGGCAAAGGCUAAAGAGCUUAAACGCUUGGCUCAAAGAGCAUGGUCUCGUGAUGGUUCUUCUUAUCUUGCACUUUCAACAAUCUUUCUUUCCAAUGAUGUGUGAUAACUUAGUGCGUGUUUGGAUCAUAAAUUCAAAUUUAUGAUUAAAAAGUUACACCUCUUAUUUGGAACACGUUGAUGAAGUACUUUAUUUGAAAACAAGUAAAUUCAAUAUGAAAAUCAACAA